AUGUUCGGCAACCUUGACGUGGCARCAAAACUCGUGCAACUUUGCUCACCCGUCGUCGUCCUCGUUGUUGCCACCGCGGCCGCCGUGUUAGAACUGCGGCAGGCCGUCGAAACUGGUGGCGGCAGGGCGUUCGCGAUGUCCUCGUUCCGGUCGGAAGUUACCACCCAAUAUCCGUAUUUAGUGGGACUGAUCACUGGAGGAAUAGACGACAUCACAGACCAGCAGACCGUCAUCUGCACAGGAACCCUUUUAUCUCCGGUGUUGGUUUUGUCGUCGGCGUAUUGCACGUUGCGUCUGACGACCAUGAUCAAGGAGAGACCGGAAGUCAAUAAACUAUUCGUGUAUUGGAAGACACCCACGAACUCUGUGAAAUACCACCGGACCACGAGUGUUUACACACAUCCAUCAUACGACAAAGCCACACGCAUGUUCGACUUAUCGUUGAUAAAGCUCAAAAAGCCGUUCAAGCACGUUGAAYGUUUCGUUAGACUGUCCUCCAAAACGUUGAAAAGCGACGUCGAACUGAGCUGUUUAGUUGUGGGAAUCGGUGCRCCUCACGAAAGCAGUUACAAGGUGCCAGUCCGUGUCAAGUACGGCCGCACCGCUUGCCGGAUUCCUAAAUCUAUCCCCGGUUUUGAGUACUUGAUCGGAUACACUUGGGAAGAUUUCCUGUGUACCGAGACAGUAAGUCCGGCAGCCACACGAUUGCCGUGUGAUAGGGCUGAUCCGUUGGUGUGCUCCGAUGGCCGGUACCAGUAUGGAAUCUUCAGCUAUGGAUACGAUGGCACAGGCGCGUCUCUGGCGACGGAGGCGACCGAGUGUGGUGAUCCGACCAUUCAGAGCAGACACCUGUUUGUCAACAGGAACGCUGAUUGGAUAACCAAGAUGAUGGCGGAUCAUGUUGGCGGCUCGAAGCAGAUAGACGAAGUUGAAAAGACCACGAACGCAACGACGACGACCACCAAUCGCCCCACGCGGUCACAGYCGACAACCACCUCAACUCGAGUGGAAGUGUCGGAAGUCAGCUGCACCGAYCAUCUGGAAGUUAAUUACCCGUAUCUGGUGUACUUGGAAGGCCUACCCGAUGAACCGGUGUGCGGCGGCACUCUUAUAUCGCCUUGGCACGUGCUCACAACCGCUUACUGCACGACAAGAAUGACCGAAAUCAUGGUGACCGUUACGACUUACCGUAGACAACGCGCGAUGGCAAGGCUCGUAUACAUUCAUCCGAACUUCGACCUAUACACGCUGACGGCGGACAUCAGCAUCGUUGUCUUACAAGAACCGUUAAACGUGACCAGAUACGCACAGCUGCCGGAWAUUGUCAGCGGCCCGACCGACGACGGAGACUACAACACAACUUCUAGAGCGCUGACUUGCGCAGUGGUGGCGUCGAGCAAACGAUUGACACCGUAUCGUUAUGUCCCGGUCAACAUCAAUUACGGACCCGAAGCUUGUGGAGGAUCAUUUGACUUGGAAAUUCAGACGACCAUCAGCAAGACUUGGCGUGAAUUCAUUUGCGGAAUGCUCAAUCAACAAUUUCGAAAUGACACGGGAGAUCCGUUAAUCUGCGAUGGUUUUCAGCAAGGCAUAAUUAGUCACACAUAUCGGACUGCAAAGCAGGCUGCCGAAACCGGAAGUGCCGAACAAGUGCGUUUCUUGGCAAUCGACCACCACAGAGAAUGGAUUGACCACGUGAUCACGGCCAAUAAUCAAUUAGGCACCGGCGAUGGCUGCCCGAACGCAUCCCCCCGACUCGUGGUCAUCCUGGUGUUGAUGACUGCCUUGUUCCAAUUAUCGACACAGUUUAGAUAG